AUGGACGAAUCGCUGCCUGAGGCAGAGGCGACGAUGGUGGUGAAGUGGAAGAGCGGAGGCGACGAAGGCUUAGAUGACGGAAGCCGAGGUGGGACGAGCGCGGCGGCGGAAGAGGACGAGCAACGACCGACGAUCUGGUCUCGGAAGAGGAGGGCAUUAUGGAGAGGAGAGGCGCGCCGCGUGGUGAAUGGAAGGGAAGGUUUUUUAUUUUGGGAAUUAGGGUUUUUCUAUAAGAUUGGGAAAAGGAGGAGUCAGAAUGGAAGGGUGUGA